GUUCUUGUUCUGUGGCCAAAAGUCCAAAGAGUUUGAAUAGACCGCCCUAGAUUACCUAGAUUCACCAGUCACAUCCAUUCCAAACCAAAUAAACGCCCAUAUUAUUAUUAUUUAAUCCUUUAUUGCAAAAAUAUAUAAAUAAGUGUACAAAGGGUGGACUUAAUGCUAAAAGCAAGCAUAUUAUGUCCUAGGCCAAACAAUAUACAGCAUUUCUUCAACCCCAUACACACGGUUGUUAACAAGUUGAACCCAAGAUUGAUAUAAAUUUGCGUGCACAUUGGUUUAGAUGUUUAGAACUAAGCACAUGGUUGAUUUAUUUCUGUGUGGAAGGAUUUUUAUUAUUCUGAGUAUUCUCUAGUUUCAGGUUAGAAUAAUAACAACACAGUCUCACAAGGAACAUGAUCUAUGAUGGAUCUAUGCUACUUCUUUACUGUCAAUGCCGUUACAAUCCAAUGGCGUUUACUAUUUUUGUUCUUAUUCAAUUUUUAUUUUUAUAGCUUUAUAAUUUAAUGUUUUUUUUAUAAUUUUAUAGUAUAUGUUUACUGAUCUACCUACUGAAAUGGCUAAAAGCAGUGCUGCUUCUGAUAUUCCAGAUUUGCUGGAGUUUUUAAGACCACCAGUUAGAAAAGUGUAUGGAAGCAGACUGUGUAAAGUAGACAGUGAGUUGGAGAUCCACCCCACGUUGUAUGGACGUCAUCGGAGGUACCAUCCGAUACGACUCAAGUCACAGUCUUCUACGUCUAUGAUUCUGCAGAAAACUACGAAAAUUGUUAAAACUACUACUUUGAAAACCUGUGGUGGUCCUGGCUUCACUCCGUCGAUACGACUCACCGAAAGUCCGGAUCCUUUAAAUACAGAAAAUAAUGAAAUCGUCCAAGUAACAGUCAUACCAAAGGUGAAGCAGACGAAUCAAAAAGAUAUUACGGACGCUGAUGAGUACAGAUACACGAAGCCAAUAAUCCAGGUGACAGUUUUACCCUCGACUAUCAAGGAGAAGAAACGAAAGCACGGCCUUCAGAUACAGACCACAACGUCGAAUCAAGAGAGUUCCGUCAAGUCUAACUUGUACGUGGUUGUGUCCAGGGGAAAGAAAGAGAAACUAUACGAGGUGAAGGCAUCAGGAAGCACAGCAGAUGUUAAAAGGCUUCGGAAGAAUAAAACCAAGUACGAUGAAAUCGAUCCACAACAACUAAACCAGUAUAAAAACCUGAUAAAGUCCCUAAACAUGGAGAAAAAGAAAAGAAAGAAGAAUACAGAACAAACACCUGAGAAAAGAAAUGAAUGCAAAAUAGAAUCACUGGUGAACUCGAGAAAGAGAGUAACCCAGAAACACAAAGAUGAAUUUGAUUCAGUAGCGAAUGACGCUUCUUGUGGCAUUAAUGGUACUGCACGAAAGAGUCGCCUUCAGAUCAUGGGUAAAAUUGGAGUAACGGCAGAUGAUAAAUAUAUUCUAGAUUGCUCGGCGACUAUUGAUGGACAGCCGAUACCUACAAGAUGUGAUGAAAUGGGACGGUUAUUUUCGACGCUUAAUGAAAAAUGUUCUGAUGAAAGUGAAAGCGAUGUUCAAGAGUUGAAAAUUGAAACUCUUAACUGUGAUUGCCAAACUAAAGCCGGUUCUUUUCAAGAUUUCAGCGUCCAAACCGAUAAAUGCCAAUCAUUUCCCAUAGGGCAGAAACUUUUAAAACGAAAUGGAUCACGAUCUACACAAGUUGACAUAAUCUUUAACCAAAUAAAACGAAGCAAUAAACUUUGCCAAUGCCAUGAAAGUAAUUCUAAAUCCAAAAUUCAGUCUAUGGAAUUUACUCGAUCGCCAGCAAAAGAAACCAGCACUUGUGGAAAUCCCGUCAUUGUGAUAUCUGUAUACCCUACAGAUGUUUGUAGGUCUCAAAACAAAUCUGUGUUAAAAAAUGAAAACUAUUCAUCCUUAAUCGGUGAAGUCAUUCGAACAGCUCUACAAAAAGAAAGUAUUAAAGUCGACAACAUUCAAAUAACCAAUACGAAUGCAAAGGAAGAAACACAAGAUAAUCUUAUUCAGGAUUCAAUCCAGGACCGAUCUCGGCCAUGUGAAUGUAAGACAAAGAAAGAUAGGUCAUCUGCAAGCAAAAUUCCGAUUGUUAAGGCAUCAAAUGAACCUGAUAAACCAAAAUCUAUUAAAAACCUUUUAAGAACCAUGUCGCCAAAAAGGGGCACUGCAGCUGAACCUAAAUCACCGCGGAGUAAGUCGCCCAACAGAUGUACUACUGAAAAUAAGAUUCCAAGUCCAAAAGGCGAAAGAAAAGAAAAGAGCCCGCAACUGAAAGUUAUUAAGGCCCCCAAGCCUGAAGUAUCUUCUAAGUUAAAGAAAGAAAACAAUGAAAAACAUAAUAAAGAAAUCAGAAAAAGCAGAAGUCCUGACAACAACAAAACAUCGCCUAAAAAUUGUAGAUGUACUAGUGCAAUUAAAGAUUGUAAAAAAGAAGCAGAUAAGGAAGAUAAGCGAAACGUAAAAAAUAUUCCUAAUGAAACGAGACUAACUAUUCCUGCCCGGCAACUUAGCUCCAAUUGUAAAGUAAAUAAACUGAUGUUUUGCAAAUCCGACACUGGUUAUUCCAACAUGAGCAUUAAUAUAGACAGUAAACAUGAACACUAUGACUCGAAUUUCUAUAAAAAUGGUUCUAGCACAGAUGUUACAGUAAUGAAGUGUAAUAACAAUACAUAUAGAAACAACUCGAUGUUGAGAAAUCAUUGUGCUGAAGCUGAAUCUACGUGUUAUGAAAAUUAUCCUGCGUGUGAAUUUAACAGUAAGCGCUCCAUCUCUGACACUGAUGUGGCUUCAAUACAGGCCACAAGGAGAAAAGAAAAAUCUUUAGCGAAUGUUAGAGAUAGCAUUGAAAUAUUUCACCAACACAAAGAGCGAUCGUUCAUGAGAGUCAGUCCCCAAAAUAGCGUAACAGGUAGCCCACAAUGUGCUAAUGGUGGUUCCACGAAGCAUUUUCGUGGCGACAAGUGCAACAUCACAGAUCCGUUUGAAAGAGAUCUUGAAAUCCGGCAGCUGUUGGGAGUGAAGAAACGCCAGUUCAGCUCCUUGCAAUCAAGGGAAAGAACCGGCUUUGGUAUCUGGAAUGAAUACGAGAUUCAAUAUUGCGUUCUGCCUCAGAGUUUACGAAAAACAAGACCUAAGGUACAGAAACCAAUAUCACAAGAGACUAUGGAUGAAGAAUGUUUUCAGGACUCCGAAUUUAAAACAAGCUUGAAAAAUAUCAGGAACACGCAUAAAUCAAUCGUAAUAACUCCCAAGCAAAAUAAAGCUGAAGGAGACAUGAUUCUGCGCACACCUAUUUCAUUAUCUAUCAAAGAUUAUUUUAGAGUAAAGAAAACGUUGAAAGGAAAGUUACCGAAAAAUAUAACAAAGCAACAAAAACUAAAACGGUUGAAAAAUAAGUCUGUAUUGCAUUCUGAGAUAGUUAAAGAUUCAAUGAAAUCCAAUAGGCAUGAUCAAGUUACACAGAUUGAAGAAUCAGAUAAAGCAUUGGUGGGGUCGUUCGAAGAAUUAGUCCCGGUCCUUCCAGAAGACACCAGCCCGCCACAUAUCAGUACUGUAGAAGACAUAAGAGAGAAAACUGACGAAAAUCUACAACAAGCUUUAACAGUAUUCAAACCUAGCUCUUUGGAGGAAGAGUAUAUCUGCGAGAAUGUUGAUCAGGACACGAAUAAUGCAGCAGCUCUUCUGUUCGGCUAUGCCUUCCUGCAGAGCGUGGUGGCGACGAACCAGGAACAACCUCUACGGAUGGCCUCCAAUGUUGGUCAUUACAACAUAUUUCGAAACAACAUCCAAGAAACCGUCAGUAAACAGGAUUUAGAAGUAACAAAAGAUGGCGAAGAUAAGAGUAAAUUAGACGAGGACAAACCAGUGUCUGUCCGUAUGCUUUUUAAAGGGUCUAAGCGAAAAAGAUGUCACACUCCCAAUUUAGGCGCAUCAGCAUUAACGCUCUGUCCAGAGACUGGGGUCAACUCGGCCAAAUUAAAUGAGCAAGCUCCUUCUAAAACUAAACAGAAGAAGCCAUUCUUGAAGAGACUGGUCUCAUGUAUGCUGCGUUCCAGCAAGGCCGCGCCCCCCGCUGCCGACGAGGCCAAAAACGCCGUCAUGACCAGUAGCACCUGCGAUUCCUAUUACAUCAACACUUCACUAGCACCCGCGGUGAACUGCGAAACACCCAUUAUAAUAAAACAGUCGGUAAAAUCUCGAAUAUUUGAGAUUUAUAAGUUGGGAUUGCUAUCAAUGAUCCAUCAGCGACCAUUGGAUCGGCAUGCCAAUGGAGGUAUCUUCCUCGAUGUAUGAUACGACUGACUCGUUCUACAGUGGCCACACCGUAUGGCCAACGCUGGAUAGAGGUCCGAAGAAAAGUUUCUUUGGCUCCAUGUUUGGGUUACUUCGAUGAGAAAAUUUCAAACGUUUGUUCGUGAACUUACGUAGCGUAUCUGACCUACUGUUUCUCAUUUCAUAAUACCUAUCAGCCAUUGUAUUCGCGUUUUUGGACCGUAGGUAGGUAACAGGUAGUAGGCCAGGCAUCUGCAUUGAGAGAUUUUUAUGAGAUUGUUGAGUGGAAUCUGUAACUUUUGCGUAAUGUGCGUACCUACCAAAUAAAAGUAUAUUGUUACUUA